CCUCGGGGAGCUCGGGGAGCCGCGGUGCUCUCUUUCCCUAAGCUAGGUUUCUAUUGUAGGCGGUGCAUUCCUUGGGAGGGAGGGUGUGUGUGUGUGUCGGUGCCUUCCCACACUCGGGGCAGCUCUUAUUUAAUGGGGGUCUCCAUGCAGGGCAGAUGCCAGAAGAGAUUUUGCCGUUCCCAGUUCCCAUCCAGGAACAGCAGCAGCUCGCGUACCAGGUGCCGGCAUGGACCGCGUGGCCGAGAUAACCCUGGAGGAGACGGCUCCCAGGACCAACCAAGCCUCCAGGAUGCACCUCAGGGAGGAUUUGAGGAGGAUACGGUGCGCGGUGCUGCUCUGCCUGCUCUCCGUGCUGGUCCUGGCGCUGCCCACUGCCUACCUGUUGGUUGGAAACCUCAGAGCCCCCAGCUCCUGCAACGGCCAGGUCACAGAAGAGAGGGGGUCUCACUUUCUGAAGCAACGGGCAGUACAUACUGGUACAGAUACACUUUCCAGUACAGAAAAGCCAAGAGCGCACCUGACAGUGAAGAAACAAGAUCUCGCUGACACCACGGGAAACCAUCUGCCCAUCCUGCAGUGGGAAGACAAGCGAGGCUUGGCUUUUACCAAGAACAACCUGAGUUAUUCCAGCAACGCACUGGUGAUACCUGUGUCUGGGGACUACUAUGUCUAUGCUCAGGUCACUUUCCGAGGGCCCAUUGAAAGAUACAGUAAAACAAAUGCUGUCACUGAGAUCAUCACCAAAGUCACUGACAGUUACCCUGAGCCCACCCAGCUGCUGACCAGCACCAAGACCCUCAGUGAAAAGGGAAACAGCUGGUUCCAGCCGAUUUAUCUGGGCGCCGUGGUCUCCUUAGAAGUGGGAGACAAGCUAAUGGUCAACGUUAGUGACAUCAAGCUGGUGGAUUACACUAAGGAGCACAAAACCUUCUUUGGUGCCUUUUUACUGUAGGUCCCUGGCAGCAGCUGGUGGGGGCUUCCCUUCAGGGCCCUGGUGUGACCUUGCAGGACCUUGGCUUUGUGGGCGUGCGUCAGGGUGCAAUCUCUGUGCUGUUAUCCUUCUUCUGUACUGUCACCCCCCUGCAGCUCCCUAUAGCCUUAAAUUAAGGGGUAGGGAAAGCUGAAGCCACAGGCUGAAUUGAACACCCCCCCCCCCAAAAAUCAAACCAGAAGAAUGAAGGUCAGAUUGGAGAAAAAAAUAUAUUUUUGAAAGUAAAAACUGAGAGCUCUUCAAAUUUUUGUAAGCUAGGGAGGAACAGUUUAUACCUGUGGGUAGGAAUAUUGAUCUUGAAUAUUGCAGCUAAGCUACAUCACUAAUUCCUCCUCCAAUGUACAAUUUCCUCAACCCAAAAAAGUGUUCUGAACUUUCUCCAGUGCUUCCAGUAUAGUUUUGCAUGACCCUUCUUCAGAUUCUCAGUUCUAAAAGGUAAUUACUUUUCAUCAUUUCCUUACAAAUAGAUUUGCUCAGUACUUUGCACUAACAUAAAGCUCAGAUUAAUCAUUAACUGCUUAACUAACCCCUUCCAACUUUCCUGUAAAAUAGAUUAAAAUUUAUAUCUUCUGUUUUGUAGAAGCUACCUGAAAUUUUUUUCCCCCAAGAAAUUGUUUACAGUUCUUUAAGUCAAUAUACAGCCUCAAAACUUUAUGUAGAAUUUCUAGGGAACACACACAAACACUUUUUGUUUCAGCAUGAAAGUGGAAUCUCCCCCCUAGGUCGUAACAUUAGGAAAACAGAAAAGACAAGGCAGAGAGAGACAUGCAGCAGAAUUUUCCACAAUUUAAAUCAACCACUGAAAUUUUGAGAGAAAACCUCUGCAAUGUUUUGCUUUCCAUUAUGUUUAAUGCAAAGCAAGCGCAACUAAAGAAAUCACUGUCUUGGUGCUCCCCCUUGCAUCCAUUGCCAAUGCUGCAGCGGUCCCCUAACCACAGGGGACUCCCCAGCCUUUCCCUUGGUGAAGGCUGGCAAGCAGUAGUCCCUACACAAGGUCAAAAGAUCCAAAGACAUGAUCAUGGCAUGCCACGACCAGGUGCAGAGCUCAGGAAUGUUUAGCUUCCCACCUUGCACUUCGCUAUUUUCAUAGACCUUACUGUCUCUCAGGGAAAUUCCCCAGCUUUCCUUCUCCUCCCACAAUAAAUACAUCACUGACAAUGACUCAAGUCAUGUUCUCGUAGAUUUGGACUUCACACUCUUAACUACCAGGAGGUCUCACACCUGAGCACCUACCAUCCAGCCGUUCUGCAACAACCAGGCUUCACUCUCUGCAACCCUUCCCUGCCUCACCUCAUUGGAUUUCCUCCAUUUUCCACUUCUUGGCCAGAAGUGACAGCAAAGCUUGAUUGCCUAGUUAACGUUUCCACUCAAAGCCAUGGUGGGGCCCAAAAGCACACUGUUAGUGUCAGGGAGGUACUGAGGUUGGGGAAUACGUAGCACUGGGAUGGGGGGUUGUAGCUGAAGAGCUCAAAUGGGCAGAGAAGUUCUCUGGUGGAGACGGCCCAACUACAAAAGACCAUGUGUGAUACUGCAGCCCAACCAGCAGUGAGACCAGGCUGCUUUGUCCACAGCGAGCCUAUUCCUAGCAGGAGACAAUUUAUUGCUGUAUAAAGAUCUGUUUGAACUAACAUGGAAAAGUCAGUAGCACAGCUGAAGCAUAGAGCAUAGAGGAAGGCCAAGGCAGAUUGGGGGUGAAGGGAGGAGAGGAGCAGAGUAGGAGAUGGAAGAUCCAGGCAACACCAGGAUCUCUGCCUCUUCAUGGCUUGGUGUCUUCAUGCUGACAGCAUGACUAUACCUCUUAAACCUAGCAGGUCUUUUAUGUAGUAAAUCACCUCAGAAAAGAAGGCUUUUUGACCAUCCUUCCCUCUUCUGCAGUGCCUGGGUCCCAUAGUAGGUCUCAGUCCUUCACUGUUUUAUCCACACUGAGACAGCAUUAAACACAUCGCAAAAGCUAGGAGAUUGCUAUCUUGCUCUGCCCUUCUUUCCUCAGCAGGUGUCUGUCUUGCUUCCAGAUUCUCCUCGAGUCUAGUCAUUGGGUGUUGGUCCACUAUACAACACUAUACAACAACAUCUGGGAGACGUUGGCAAUGUCCCUGCAUCAAAACCUCAUGACAGUUUGGCUUCCCAUCCUUUCUUUGACUUGUCCUUCAUUUUCCCCACAUCCACAUCUCAACUGUCCUCUUGAUCCCUUUCUCCCACAGGCACCUUCCUGCCAAUCACCCCAGUGCACAGAGAAAACUUAACAUCUGAAAAUAGGUUAGGAUGGCAGAAACUAAAGGUAAUGAUCCUGCUAGAAGGUGCAAACACUCUUGGCCAAAACAUCCUCCGAUGUGUUUAUUAGCUAGAUUCACUUCUGUCUUUAAGUCCUUUCUCCUAUGUUUCAUCCACCUGUUCAGCCUUUUCUUUUAAGCUGAAACUGGCUGAGACAGGAGCAGUUAUUCCCCAUGUAUCUGUUCAGUACCCAGCACAGGCGACCCUGCCUCAUUACUUCUCAGAAAGGGUGUCUGGUCAUUCAGUUCCUUGGCAGUGCUGGUCUUACUGCUCAGAACCCCCCCACACCAUGGUAAAAUCUGGUGAAAUCUCACUCUUUUGGCAGUUCAAGACAAGGUUAUUCUCUGAGAAACCUUAAGACUUCCCAUAUCUUAGAUUUUCUAAAGUGUUCUCUCAACACCCCAUGCUAAGUUCUUCUGAGCUUCUGAUCCCUUAGUUGUGUGCCCAAAAUAAGAACUGAACUCAUGAAAAGAUGAAAUUUGCAGCUCUUGCAGACCACCACGUAAAGCACUUUAGGUGACUAGCACAUGAAACAACAUGGUAAAUCUUAUAAAGGGAAGACUUAAAAGUGACCUGUCCAGGACAGGUGAUUCUCAGCGACUAGGUAGGAAUGCUUCUGUGAAGUGUUAUAUAGGAUGAAUUUGGUUUAUCCUUGGAGAAAAUUGGAGUGCAAAUUCUAGCUGUUCUGAGACAGUUACAGAAGUUCAGAAAGCUCUUUAUUUCUACAAAUGACAUGAUGUAGCAUUCUUUUUGAGGCCAUAACACAAUCCUGAUUGAUAGGCUUGUAUAGCAGAUUUCCAUAAAAACUGUAUCUAAAAUCAUCAUCCCUUAAUGUCUGGUGUGCUGAAUGGUGGUAAAUAUGAGGUCUGGGGGAGAGGAGUGGUGAAUGCAGUGUUUGGCAUACAAUAGAAGAGCCUUCUAUGGGAUAUAUACAUAUAUAUACAUAGACAUACAUAUAUAUUUGUGUAUAUUUCAUAGAAGUUCUAGGAAGCCCAUUGGCAAUAAUGAGCCUUCUCUACCACAAGGCACAUAAUUUGUGUCCACUGUGCACUAAUGAUAAAUUUGACAAGCAAAAAAUUUCCUGCUGCAGCUCCAUUACAGGUGUGACUCUCUUGAUCCAUGGCACAAAAAUAUUUAUUUUAGUGCAGUUGGAGCAAGCUUUUGCACCCCAUUACACACACCAGCUUUUAGCACUUUUAGCGAACUAGCACAUAAAGUGCUAGUGACAUAUGACAUAAAGAAAUAUAUCUGGCAUUACUUGUUUUAAAGUGGUGCAGGCAUAUUAAUCCACACAUCUACCCUAGUAGAAAUUCUCUCUUUCUCCCUUUUUUCCCCCUCUCAGUGCUAAUGUUUCUGUAACAGUGACCAGCAAAUAUAGUAAGUUUGCAGGGGCUGAUUCUGACCCUGUUGUAUAUCAGAUAUUCCUCCACAGAAGUCAACGGCAUGAAGUCAGAGUAAAGCCACUUAAGCAAGAGAGAGGUCAAGCUUAAAGGGAAAUAUCUCAAACAGACUGAACCCAAGCUGUGGAUUCUC